CCGCGCCAGACGGGUCACGAGGCGCACCGCCGCCGCUCCGCUCAACGGAAAUAAACUUAUCACGUGUUUUAAACCUUUAUAUUGUUAUAUAGACAAACCAAAUAGCAUUCCUUUAGCGCAUAAAUGCGGCUGUGUAUAUUUUCAAUGUUUUUUUGGACUUGGCUGCUAUCAACGUCGUAGGAAACCAAGGUUAGGGCAUCGUAAGUGGAUUGUUGGUGUUCAAUGUAACAGUUGAUAAGAAAGCCGCAGUCACGUCACGCUCGGCGCGACGGGACCUGUCCAACAUGGACAUGGAACGCCUCAUAGAAUGCGUAAAGCGACACACGUUCCUCUACGACGUGUAUCACAAAGAGUACAAAAACUUUAACCUCAAAACAACUAUCUGGGAGUUGAUAGGAAGGGAGCUAAAUCAAAGUGGUGAAGCCGUUAAAUCCAAAUGGAAAUCAAUACGAGACGGAUACACAAAGUAUAAAAAACAAAUGAGUAAAUCAGGAUCCAACAAGAAAAACAUUAGUUAUCUAUGGAGUUCCCAAUUAAGCUUCUUGGAUAAUUUUAAGCCCCCUAACACUUACUUGUUGCCUGAACCUACGGCGUCCCCUUCCUCGUCCUACAUCCAACCAACUAGAGAAUUUGAAUUAUCGCAAGACUUUAUGCCACUAUCAUCUAAUUUAUCCCCACUAUUAACACAAUUAGAAACGCCAACACCAGAAAUAGUAAAUAUAGCUUCAUCAUCUAGAUCAACUUGUCUGAAUGAAGAAGCACCGUUGCGAAAGAGAAAGAGGAAAGUGGACCACGCGAACAAAGUUCCCAAACAUUUAAAUAAAAAGAAACGGAAGGUGGACGGUAUUGACCACCUGUUCCUCAGUUAUGCUGACACGUUUAAAAAAUUUCCCCCGCGGGAACAAGCUUUACUAAAACUAGAACUAGCCAAACUUUUUUCUAAUACGGAGUUGAAACUGUUACAACACAAUUCUGAUGAAUCCCAGGCAUCGUCGCCUGCGCAUUCAAACAGUAGUUCAGUUGAUAACACAACACUGCAAGAAAUCAUUGAAAAUACCAAACAGCCCACGGAAUAUUUCACUGAGAUAAAAAAAGAAGAAUGAAAUUCUUAAAUUAUACGUUUUAAAAUAUAUGGUAUUGUAUUAUCGUGGAUCAAAAUAAAUUGUUACGUAUAUUAUUGUAUACUUGUAGUUAUUGGAACAUUAUAAGAUUUGCAUACUAUAAAAUAUUUUUGUUAAAGACUCCCGAGGACUGGGGAACUACAGGUUCAUAACCGUAUUGAUGGAUAAGAGGUUAAGCGUGUGAAUAAUUGUUAAUUUAGUAUUAUCAUCGAUUGAUUACAGUCUGACUGUGACGAUAAAUCUAUUCACAAGCAAUAUUUCUGUAUUCCCUCGGUAAUGUGCAACUAUUCUAAGUACUUUUGUGUAACGACCAAGUUGUGUGACGAUGUCUGUACCUAGGUAUAUAAGUGUCAAUUAUAUUUUUUGAUUUUAAUAAAAAUGUUAAUAACAAUGGAUUCUGUUUUUCUGUUUACAGAAAUCCGUUUAUAAAAUGUACUUUAGAAUAGUUUAAACUUAUCUCAAAUAAACAAAUGAGUUAU